GAAAAAAAAAACGAAAGAAAAAACAUAUAUCGUUUUCUCUAACUCUAUGAAACAGGGAGGAAAAAAAAAUUAUCCUACCCAUGUACAGGACAACGAGAGAAACCACGACCCGACGAAGCCCAAGCCGAAAUACCGACACCUCACCGACACACGCAAGAUCGUCGGCCAGAAUACACUCACCUCAGACCCACAGCCUUCCCGACGACCCCAAAGACCCGAGAACGACCGCCUCGACCCGCGUCACGACCCCUCACGACCCCACGAGAAGAAGAAGAAGCACCUCCGGGAGUUUGAAGAUGUUGGGCUUGGUGGCGCUGCUGAGUCUCUGGUCGGGCGGGGCGGCGGCGCAGGACACGAGCAUACGGCUUCGGCAGGGAAUUGUCCAGGGGAUUAUCACCAGAUCCAACCAUAGGCCUAUCUACGCCUACCUCGGGAUCCCGUACGCGAAACCUCCCUGAAUGAACUCAGAUUUAAG